UUUGAUCUUGUCCAUACUGAUGUUUGGGGGGCAUGUCCGGUUGUGUCCAAAUCUGGUUUCAAAUAUUUUGUUACUUUUGUUGACGAUUAUUCUCGUAUGACAUGGUUAUAUUUUAUGAAGCGUCGAUCCGAGUUAUUUACUCAUUUCUCUGCAUUUUGUGCAGAAAUUAAAACUCAAUUUAAUGUUCCUGUUCGUGUGUUAAGGGGAGACAAUGCCCAAGAAUAUCUAUCCGCUCCAUUUAAAUCUUUUAUGCUUCAACAUGGCAUUAUUCAUCAAACUUCAUGCGUAGACACACCUCCUCAAAAUGGAGUUGCUGAAAGAAAGAAUCGACAUCUGUUAGAAACUGCGCGCGCUCUUCUAUUCCAAAUGAAUGUGCCUAAACAGUUUUGGGCUGAUGCUGUGUCUACCUCAUGUUUUUUGAUCAAUCGUAUGCCAUCUUCUGUUUUGGAUGGUAAAACUCCUUAUCAAUGCCUUUUUCCAAAUAAAGAACUUUUUCCCAUUCCACCUAAAAUCUUUGGUUGCACUUGUUUUGUUAGAAAUGUUAACCCUCAUCGCACGAAGUUGGAUCCCAAAUCAUUGAAAUGUAUUUUCUUAGGUUAUUCUCGAGUUCAAAAGGGGUAUAGAUGUUUUUGUCCGAGUACAGGUCGAUAUCUUGUUUCUAUUGAUGUCUCAUUUCAUGAAAAUACACCUUGGUCAUCAUCCAAGACAGAUAUUCAUGAGGACAACGAUGAAAUACUCAUUUACACGGUUACUAUACCUGAGACUACCCCUUCAGUAACUAUACCGAAUGUUCCUAUUCCUGACCCCAGACCUCCAGUACACUUGGUUUACACCCGUCGACACAAAGCACCAGAUCACCAUCCACCUGUGACACCUGUGAUUACUUAUCCUAAUACUGGUCCGGCUUCGAUCUCAUGUCCUGAACCAGUACCUGCAUCUUCAGAUCUUGUCUCUACAUCAGAUCUUGACCUCCCGAUAGCACUACGUAAAGGUACACGGUCUUGUACUCAUCCUAUUUCUUCAUUUGUGUCAUAUAGUCAGUUAUCCUCUGCCUCAUGUUCUUUUAUUGCUUCCAUUGAUUCUAUUUCUGUUCCCAAAUCUGUUAAAGAAGCUUUGUCUCAUCCUGAAUGGCGUCAUGCCAUGGUAGAGGAAAUGAAUGCUUUGGAUCUUAAUGGUACUUGGGAUUUGGUAGACUUGCCUACAGGGAAGAAGUCUAUUGGAUGUAAGUGGGUCUUUGCUGUUAAGGUUAACCCAGAUGGAUCUGUUGCUCGAUUGAAAGCUCGAUUAGUUGCGAAGGGUUAUGCUCAAACCUAUGGUGUUGACUAUUCUGACACUUUUUCUCCUGUAGCUAAAUUAACAUCUGUCAGGUUACUUAUUUCACUUGCUGCAACUCAUGGUUGGCACUUACAUCAGUUGGACAUUAAAAAUGCAUUCUUGCAUGGUGACCUUCAGGAGGAAGUUUAUAUUGAGCAACCUCCGGGGUUUGUUGCUCAGGGGGAGUAUGGGAAAGUUUGUCGACUUCGCAAGUCUCUUUAUGGUCUGAAACAAAGUCCCCGUGCAUGGUUUGGGAAAUUCAGUCAAUCCAUUGAAAGGUUUGGAAUGAUAAAAGGACAAUCAGAUCACUCCGUCUUUUACAGACAAACGAAAGCAGGUAUCACAUUGCUUGUGGUGUAUGUUGAUGAUAUUGUGAUUACAGGGAGUGAUAAUGCAGGUAUUUUGGCCCUUAAGAUUUUUCUGCAUAGUCAAUUCCAGACGAAAGAUCUUGGCUCAUUGAAAUAUUUUUUGGGAAUUGAGGUAACACGAAGUAAGAAAGGCAUACUUCUAUCUUAACGUAAAUAUGUACUUGACUUACUAGCCGAGACAGGGAAAUUAGGGGCAAAACCAAGUACAACACCCAUGGUUCCCAACGUGCAACUCACUCAAGAAGGCACACCAUUUGAAGACCCAGAAAGAUAUAGAAGAUUGGUUGGAAAGCUUAAUUAUCUCGCAGUCACUCGUCCAGAUAUUGCAUAUUCUGUGAGUGUAGUGAGUCAAUACAUGUCAUCUCCAACCAUUGAUCAUUGGGCUGCUGUAGAACACAUAUUAUGUUACUUAAAGGGUGCACCAGGACGAGGUAUUGUUUACCAAAAUCAUGACCACAUGAGAAUAGAAUGUUUUGCAGAUGCUGAUUGGGCCGGUUCUAAAGAUGAUCGAAGAUCUACAUCUGGUUAUUGCGUCUUUGUUGGUGGUAAUCUUGUAUCUUGGAAGAGUAAGAAACAGAAUGUGGUUUCUCGUUCGAGUGCUGAAUCAGAAUAUCGAGCUAUGGCACAAUCUGCAUGUGAGAUCAUAUGGAUAAGCCAUUUAUUGACUGAGCUCGGAUUGAAGACAUCAAUGCCCG